AUGAAAAAAAUAACCUUCUACACUUUUUCUUCUAGCCUCAUUAAUGAUUUGUGCCUCAAGAUUUUAUUUUUUUCUCUCAGAAGUAGUCACUUUGAUUUCUCAAUCCAAACAACGAUUUGUUAAACAGAAUUAUUGAUUUCUGAUGCCAAAGUAGAAAAAUACAUUUUAAUUAGCCAUUUCUACUUUAGAAUAAUAACUUCACAUACAUUGCCCAUAAUAGGAAUUGAUCGAUAUUUCAAUCUUAAUAUCAGUUAAUGUGAGAGAUUAAGGGAGAUAAAUAAAGAUUCAGGAAAAAUCUCUGUCAAUUCGAAGCAAAAAUAACUGCAAUUAUAAGGUGCACAUAAUUACCAAUCAAACCAUGUAAUAUGUCACAUUUUACAACUUAUAUAUAACAGGAAUACUUUUCAAUUAUAAAAAUAGGAGGAAUCCAAUGCAUAAACUGGAAAUAUCUAUAAGAGAAUCCGUUAGUAAAAAAAAUUAUUAACUUCUUAGAAAUAAUAACUAAGUUACAUCCCAUUCAUUCAGAUACAUAUUUAUUUAGUUUUCUGCUUGUCAUAAUACAAGUUUGUCUUGAGUUUUUGCAUCAGAAAAGGAAAUAGAAAAUAUCUUAGAAUUGGACCAAGAUAACCAUUUCAAGAAAUCAUAACAAAUGAAUUUACAAGGUUUUCUUUAAGCAGUUCUAAGGCUAUUUCUUAAAGAUAUAAACUCAUGUAAACUUUUACUGAUGAAGGAUUAAUUUGGGAAUAAAUUUUGGAUUAAUCAAACAUUUAAUAAAGUGAAUGGAGAGAGAUAUCUGAAUUUUAUGAUAAUCAAUAUUUGGUUAUUCAGGAUAUUAUGCUAGAUUAUAAAUAAACAAAUAAUAUUAGAACUUAUGUUAAAUGGCAAACAAUUUUAGGAAAACUAGGAGGAAUAUUUUAAAUUUUAAUUAUGAUUGUAGCUAUUAUUUUAAAGCAAAUUAUUGAAAACUUUAUGAAAUUAGAAAUUGUGAAUAAUCUUUUCAAUUCUCAGAACCACUUCAAAUAAACAUAACGAAUAAUCAGUAAUCAAAUCAAUAACUCACAAAAUGAAAUUAGAAUAAUAGAUUAAGGCAAAUCUAAUUUGGAAAUUUGGUUAAUAAUCUUUGGGUGUAGGUAAUGA